AUGGACGAAGGACAUACUUUGGAAAACUCUGUGAUUAUAGAAGAUUACUUUGCCUAUCCGCAAAGUAACAAUAAUGAGGAAGAGCAUCUAACAUCUAAGGCAGUUAAUCUUAUUUACUCAGCCAAAGAAUUUGCCUGGGAGGGAUCUUUGGAAGAAUUAAAAGCCCUUGUAAAAUACGAUUUGCAACUUCAAGGAAAAUGGACGUCGCCGGGUGGCGAAGUAAAGCUAUUUACUAGCUGCAAUUACAUCUUAAAAUGGCAUGGAAAAAGUAAGAAAAAACUGUCGAUUGUUUGUGAUGGUCACAACCAAAGUCUCGUCGAGAAACUAGAGAAGUUAGCUACGAUGAAUACCGACAAGCUCAAUACAAACAACGAGCUUCGACACGAAGGCAAUAUGGCGGGCGAAAGCAAAAAGUCUCAUAGCCUUUUGGCAUGUAAUGCUGAUAGCUAUUCACAGCAGACGAACAAUGUAAGUGAAUACGAACCAGAGAAAACCUUGUUAUUGCAAGGACUUUACAUUACAAAUCAAGCGUAUCGAAGUUGA